GUUCAGGGUCCUAGCGCAGUCUUCUGACUUGUCCGGAUAUAAUAUCCCUACACGGGAGACAAUGAUUUCCCUUGAUGAACAAGGAUUGCUCACGCGGAUUUCACCAUCACAUGCUGUUAAAAAAGACACUGUGAAUGUUCCAGCUCACGGCUAUGUGAUCCUGAGAUGGAAAACGGAUAGUCCAGGAUAUUGGUUUUUUCAUUGCCAAACAAAUAGCCACAUUGAAACGGGACAAGCAACGGUUCUCCAGGUUGGUGAAGUUGAUGACAUCCCGAUGCCACCAGCCGACUUCCCUACCUGUAGUCCAUGGUCAAAACAAUAACAUCGACAACUACAGAAGGAGUAUUUAAGUUACUGUAACCUCUUUGAUUUGGUUUUCUAUGUGGAGGGUAUAUGAAUAUUGCUGCCUAAUUAAAUGUUCGUAAUUGGAUGUAAUAGCCGAUGCAAUCUAGAAAACUACGCGUCACCGGUUGUACCAGAAUGGAUGCAAGUUUAUUACCAUGUAGCACCAACAGGAUAUGCUUUUUAGACCUUAGGCUAAUAGAGCGAUAUAUUUGAAAUGUCGAGAUUUCUCAUAACUAUCAGUUCUUUUACGUGGUGUACCGGAAAAUAAUUUAUUAUUAACAUGCAAACUUUCUAACAACAUUCUAUAAGAUGAUAUAUUAUAUUACCAUGCAGUAAAGUCAAGAGAAGUACAUUUAGUUAUUAGAGGUUUAUGUGUUAUAAUUAGAAAUAUAUUACUAUUUUUUCUUUUACAGUAAUGCAAUUAUUUAAUAGAUAUACAUAUGAAUAUUGUUUGCAUUCUGCAGUUUCGAAAUAAAUAUAAUAAAUGUUAUGUGCCAUGAAAUAAUCCAUUAAAAAACGAUAGAAAACAGACUAUAUACAUUGAUUAUAGUUUUUAUCACAUGUUUUGCGAAGGUUAGUUGAUAAAAUGGAUGAAUAUUAAAUAUUAUGCUUUGACAUCAA